CCAUGAUCAUCAACUGACCUGAAACACCCGUCAGUCCCCGCACUCCUGCUGCAGUCUUCUACUGCCUGGCUAGCACUUGAACAACAACCACCGUGAAACGUACCCGUCGUGAUACCGGCCGGGCAAGAUGGACUCGCUGAAGUCUCACGGGUUGUUUGACGUGGCAGGGAAGGUGGUAUUGGUUACAGGAGGCAGCCGCGGGAUCGGAAAGAUGAUUGCCGCGGGCUUUGUGGCUAACGGGGCCAAGGUGUACAUAUCCUCUCGUUCAGCCAAGGAUUGUGACGCAACCGCGAAGGAGCUCAAUGAAGCUGGCCCCGGGACAUGCAUCCCAGUGCCUGCGGAUCUACAAAAGCUCGAACAGGUAGACAUGCUCGUGCGGGAGCUAUCAGCGAAAGAGGACGUGUUGCACGUGUUGGUGAACAACGCUGGAGCGACUUGGGGUGAAGACAUCGACGAAUACCCUGAUGCGGCAUUCACCAAGGUCAUGACUCUCAACACGCAGAGAGUCUUCACGUUGACACAGAAAUGUCUCCCGUUGCUCCGCGCAGCCGCAGCGCGUGGCGGUAUGGAUGGAGAUGUCUACAGAGACCCAGCACGAAUUAUCAACAUUGGUUCCGUCGACGGACUACGCUCUCCACCGCAAGAGACGUAUGCCUACUCAGCUUCCAAAGCUGCUCUACAUCACUUGAGUAGGCAUCUCGCGGGCAGACUCGGCUUUGAGGGUAUCACCUGCAAUACGCUCGCUUGUGGUCCCUUCGAAAGCAAGAUGAUGGCACACACCCUCCGUACCAAAGGCGACUUGAUCAAGACGAUGAACCCUCUGCAGCGUAUCGGCACGCCGGAGGACGUCACAGGGGCGGCUGUCUUCCUCGCGAGUCGCGCCGGCUCGUACGUCAAUGGCGCUACUAUUACAGUGGAUGGAGGUCAGAUUGUGGCCACGCGCUCCAUGAUUCCUACUGCGAAGUUGUGACGGUGUGCGAGAUCUCAUCAUGUUGUAUAUGAAAUUUCUGCUUGCUGUACUGAUAAUGCCGAUCGCAUAUGCUGACGACUCUUUCAUAUGGUGUGC